UCACAGCCCUUAUUGGAGACAACUUUUUUCUUACAUCCAGUGCAAUCUCCCAUUUUAGUUUGAAACCAUUUCUCCUUGUCCUCUCACGUCAGACCCUGAUGAAUUCUGUCCCCUUCUUUUUAUAGCCAGCUUGUAUUGAUAGCAGCUGUUGCUGCAACCCAAUGCAACACCUUGCCCUUGGCUUUGUUGAGCCUCAUGAGGUUCGCCUGGGCGCACAGCUCCAGCUUUCUGCCCUUCUGCCAGGUGGUAUGGGAUCAAUGGGAGUUUCUUACCACAGAUAGCGAUCUGGGGCCGGAGUCCCCACAGCAUUGCAGCAGAGUGACACGCUCUGCCCCACUCUCCUCGCCUUGUCAUCAGGGCUCUUGAAAACAUAGGGUUUGCCUGCAGUGGGAUGAAAGACAGCCUCAUUACUCUUAUUUUUGUUAGUUGCUCUUAAAGGUGCUGGGCUUCCCUAUCUCUAUAGUUGUACCUGAUCUCUUCAGCUGCACUUGGAGCGCCAGGUUCUUCCUGUUGGUCUCUGGUACAGUGAUGGCUGCGGUCGUGUAUUUGGCUUUCUUUAUUUUGAGGGUGUUGCUGCCAUCGGGACAGACCCCAGGAAUCCUAAACGUGCCCUUAUUGUCAGCUGUCGUCAACAGCUUGAGAUUGUUGGCUUGCAGGUAGACCCGGGCGUUGUCUGCGGGUGAACCAUCCUCCAAGGAGACCUUCCCAUGCAGGGUCACAUCCUCGCACAUGCAUGCAUCGCAGUCGGCGUUCACGCGGCCCAUGGGGCAGGUGAUGUUGCAGCCUGGGGUAAGGCAGGUAGGUAAGGAAGCAGCCUGAUGCCCUGCCACGCUCCUAGCAUGGCCUCACGCCUGCUUUCCAUUUAGAUGCAAUAGGGCAGAUACCGCAUAAGGAAUAGAUUGUAUCCAAAAUGUAUUUCCAGAGAUUAUCAGCAGCUGUGUAUUAGAAACGUGGGGCUGAUGGAGUGCUGAGCCUCGUAAUUAGGAGAAAGCACCCACAUGGAUGUAAUUACAGCUAGCAACUUUUCAUUACCAUCCCCAAAGGGCUGAAUUUCAGGGAAGCUUGAAUCCCAAUCUGCAUGUGAGCUGAACCCUGGCAAAAUCACAAAUCCAAAUGCCUUCAGCUUUGUAGAUUCCUGUUGCCAGCCCAUGCCCAAAUGCCAUGGCAUUGGUUUGUCUUAAAAGCCGCCUCUCUUAGCAGCAUCCUGGCUUGCAUAGGACAUAGGCUAGGUCCUAAUAGCCUAACUGUUGAAUAAGCAUGAUCUGAUGAAUCCAACAAAUAGUCUCCCAAAGAGUGAUUCUGUGAUGUUUUCUUACCUAUAGCAGUUAAUCUUACAUAUCCCUGUUUCUUUCCAUUUACAAGGGCACUCCCUUUACAAUCACAGAGCCUCCACCUACAGCAGCUGUGUGAUAAUCUAUUUAUUUGCAGCAAUAAAAAGAAGAACCCGGAGAAAACCCUAUAACAACUUUCCUGGAGAAAACACAGACUGUUUUUCAGAGUGAUUUGUUUAAAAGGGGAGUAUAACUGUAAUACAGUGAAUUACAAGCUGCUGUAACGUCUUCCUGGGGCUGGCUGCAGGCAGCUCUCAGAACUUUGGCAAGGAGGAGAACUGAGGUAACGUGACUAUGAGGGGAGUGAAAAAACGUAACCAAGGUUAUGUGAGCACCUGAGCAGACGUGUCCGAUGCAGAGCCGCCCUUCCUCCAUGACUUCAUUGCAGUGCACGCCCCAGAGGCGAUCCGCCAGGCAGGAUCGGGUCCGCUUCUGCACACCAGUUUGGCCACACGUUCCUGAGCACUCACUCCAUUUUGACCACGGAGACAAGAACUUUCUGGGAUCUUGCACCAGAACAGCUUGAAUGACAUCAUUGGUGUGUUAGUGAGACACACAUUCAACGCAGGGCUGCCCCAAAGCAAGCAGUUUCCAUACAGCUUCUACGUGGCUCGGGCAUGAGUUUGUAUUUGGAUAUUAUGCACCACAAACUCAAAGCAUGUUGAGGGAGCUGGAAAACAAAGCAUGUGAAGGUGCCUCAAUGCUUCAAACAUCAUUGCCUGAAUUUGGGAUGAUUAAGAUCAGGUCAAGGCAGGGAGGGUGGCAGCUGAUUGAUGCUGGCAAAGCACUGUCAGGAUUUCAUGAACUGGAGCAUCAAGCCAAGAGCUGCUCUUUGGCAACAUCUGGAUAACCCACAGUGCCUUCUGGGAAUGGAUUUGCAAAUGGCAACCCCCAAAAAAGCAGCACCAUGUCCUCCCCAGGAGGGAAAGAGGAUGCCAUGGUGAGUUCUGUGGCUCAGCUCCAUCCUGUGGAUACAGCUUUUCCCGUAAGAAACAUCAGAUUUGGGUCCAAACACCCUGGGGAGCUUGAGAGAGAGAAGGGCGUUUGAUGCACGCGGCCAGCAGGAAGAGACAGGAGGUGAUGGAAGCAGAGAGUAAAAAUAGGAUGGAUGAAAGAGGGCACGGAAGACGAGGAGGAGGUGAGCCACUAAAACCCAUCCAAAACCAAGAGCAAAAUUGUUCGCUUCCGUAGGUUAGUCACAAUGAAAACAUUUGGAUUUCAUCACUUCCAGCUCAAGAAAAAUAGCAGGGUCAGGCAGCAAGGUCACUGGGCAGGUCACCAAACCUAUGUGCUGAUGGACUACACCUCGAGGCUUGUUCUACAGAAACCAACUCACCUCUCUCAUCCACUUUAGGCAUGGCAAAGGGUGGGUGUGAGGGGAGAGCAUCCUCCUUGUCAGCUUGCUCAUCUUCCUGCCAUCCUUCCCAGCUCCCUAUGGACAUUGCUAGGAACGACUGGCCAUGGCUCACUGAGCUCUGCAACACCAGGCUACCAAAAACCAACCACUCUGAUGAGACUGAGCAUUGAGAACGUUUUUCUCGAUGCUUAGAGGCACAACACACCUGAAGAAGGGUCUGAGUGCUGCAGCACCUCUGAAUCCAGAAACAGAGCAUUAUUGCACAAAGAAACACCCAAAGAAGUUGUAAAGAUGUCUGCGAACAGCUGUGUGCACCCCAUUGGGCACAGCCUUCUUGCUGUAUGGUUUUGCCACAGUGACACCCAAUGUAUAUAUUGAACCACCCCUUGCAGAGGGGCUCACAGGUGUCCUGUGACCCCCUCGCUGCUUUCUGCGGUGAGCAUUUCAGCAAACUGGUGUGAUGCACAGCUCCAGUGCAGAUUUUAGUGAGCAGGAGGAGAGCAGGGAGCCACGCACUGUCUGCUGUGGACUUUGGGAAAGAAUAGAAGCCAUUCCAGGGCUGAGCUCAUCUCUAACCCCGGGAAAUGACUUCAUGGACACUGGUAUUUACUCACAAAAACACCGCAUGUCAGAUGUCUCUGACUAGACUUUCUGUUUCAAGUCCAGUAUGAGACAAGAAUUUCCUUGGACGAGCGGCUCCGGAGACAAUUCAGGGCUUGGAGGAGGAAAAGAAGAACCAGAAGAAAAAUGUCUGCAUUUGAGAGUCUGAAGGGUGCAAAGAGCUAAGUGAAAGGAAAAAUCAAGAUGUGGGGCUGCAUUCUUCUCCGCUUUGUCCAGAAGAGAAGGCUGCUGCCAUGAGUGGGCUCACACCCAGCUCCUGUGUGCUUUCAGUGCUCUUUUCUGCCCCAGAAACAGUCUCUCCUCACGGAUGUCCAUGCCAGAAAACCGAUGCGGUGCAUGCUGGCGCUGGUCCCUGAUGGGGCCACGUUUGGUCACAACACCAACAGACAACAUCCUGAGCGCUGGCCACUUCUUGCCAUCCAUCAGCUCCACUCCCACAGCCGGCUCAUUAGGACUAAAAGCGGAUCGCUCGUUAAGCCAGCAGGGCAGGGGUGCCCACCUCCAGGUUUGCUGCAGGGAAUGUUUGCGUCGGCGUUGCCUUCUCCAGAUGCCAGGGGCUGCAUACAUCUCUGCUAAUAGCAGUGAGCUGCCGGCUGUGCAGACGCACGGAUGCUCAGCACUGGAGCUGCCUGACUUGCUGCGGGGACGGGCAGCAUUUCUCUUCGCUUCAGGGCAUGUGUGUGCCAGCUGCUUUAAUCGAAGCUGAACCACCCCACCACCCCACCACGGAGGGGGUCACCAACGCCUCGGCUGCUCACUGCCCGCAGCACUGGGUCGAGCCCCAGUUCACGCAGGCUGCAAAGGUGCGCGUGGCUGUCACGGCCAUCUUCUUCUUGCUGGCAGCGUGCAGCAAUACAGCAGUGCUGGGCAGCCUGCUGAGGAAGAGGAAGAAGUGCCACGUGCGGCCACUAAUUCUCAGCCUGGCGCUGGCCGACCUGCUGGUGACGGUGGCAGUGAUGCCCUUGGAUGCAGCAUGGAAUGUGACGGUGCAGUGGUACGGCGGAGACCUUUCCUGCAAGCUCCUCAACUUCCUCAAGCUCUUUGCCAUGUACGCAGCUGCCCUGGUGCUGGUGGUCAUCAGCCUGGACCGGCAUGCUGCCGUCCUCCAGCCCUUUGCUCGUGCCCGACGCCGCAAUGGGCUGCUGCUGCGUGCUGCAUGGCUGGGCAGUGUGCUGCUAGCAUCACCCCAGCUAUUUCUCUUCCACCUGGACACGGUCCCAGGAGGGAACUUCACACAGUGCGUUACUCACGGCAGCUUCCGAGCACACUGGGAAGAAACUGUCUACAACAUGUUCACCUUCACCACCCUCUAUAUCACCCCCCUGAGCAUCAUGAUUGUUUGCUACGUCCGAAUCAUUUGGGAGAUCAGUAAGCAGCUAAAGAUCAACAAAAGUCUGGUAAGAAGUCAAAAUGACCACAUCUCCAAGGCACGCAUGAAGACUCUCAAGAUGACCAUUGUGAUUGUUGCCACCUUCAUCAUCUGCUGGACCCCGUACUACCUCCUGGGCUUGUGGUACUGGUUCCAGCCAGCCAUGAUCCAGAGGAUGCCUGAGUACAUCAACCACAGCUUCUUUCUCUUCGGCUUGCUGCACACAUGCACCGACCCCAUCAUUUACGGGCUGUACACCCCCUCGUUUCGGGAGGAUGUACAGUCGUGUCUCAGGGGAAUUGAAGCAGCCAUUACCAGGCAUGAGAGACACAAACCCGUCUUAGUCUCAGAGAACACCACCAAAGAUGGGGCUGUCAAUGGCCAGGUGGCAUCGGGUGGCUCCAAUGGGACAACCAUUAACACGGUGUGCUGAAGAGAUGUACCAGAAGGAGACUAGCAGCAUCAGGGACUGCUUUGUCUGGAUGAUUUUGGAGACAAGUCCACUGACUGACUGUGGGGGGUGUGGGUCUAUAGCCAUAAACCAUGAACAUUUCUCCUGCCUGUACUGAGAGUGAAUCCUCAGGUAGGAGCUACUCUCUCACCCAGCACAAGGAAGAUGCAGCGGAGGGGCUGGGCCUCAUUUAUUAGAGACCAACAAGCCUGAGGUCUUGUCCAGUCUUCUCCUUGCUAUGGCAUCCAUAAAGGCAAUUUUGGGGUCAUUGCCUGACCCACCUCCCCUCAGGCUGCCCCUGUAGGGAGGGAGGAGAUGCUGUGGGGAUGGAGACAGACAAGAACGAUACAAAGAGCUGCGGUGGGCUGAGAUAGGAUUGAAAGGGACACAGUGGUGUCUCUCCUCAUGCAGGGGUGGUGUGGAUACAUCCUUAUGUAGCAACAAUCUGGGACACAGGGUUGACCAGGAGUGAGUAUUUGGGAUAACCAAAGGGUGAGAACAAGACUUGCUGCUGCCUAGCCCCUCCCAACUGCCAUCUUGCACAUGCUAACAGAAUUAACCCACCUUUUCUCCUCCCUGCUUUCCCCUUUAUCACGCACUCAUGUCUGCUUUGCCCUACCACCCUCACCUCACUGCUGACUCCAAUCAGAGUGCAUGCAGCCAGGUGCACUUGAUGACCCUGUGUGCAUCCUAAGGAGGACUGUGAUGGGAAACACCUGUGGGGGGAGGGCUCAUCAGCUGCUGUGGGUGCCAGCUGGGUGCUGAUGGCCUUUAAAUGCACAGCACAGAGCAGAGAAGCUGCUAGAAGAGGCAGGGUGGAAGAAGGAAGGAGUUGGCUGAGCUCUGGUGAGUAAAAUGGUUUAUUUUUAUUUUGUUUUUAUUUAUUUAUUGUCUUUUCAUUAACGUGCCAGAAGUUUAUGGAGGUCUUUGUCUUUAGGUGUAUGUUGAAGGUAUGAAUUUAUUCAGCUGUGUUGUUAUCUUCUAUGCAGUUAGGGGUGAUUGAUUACUUCUCAGUGAGAUGCUUGUUGUUGUUAAAUGUUUGUUUGUUUUUUUGUUUCUGAAGGCAACUUUAGUUGGAGCUAAGAGGAGUUCUUUAGUGGUGCUGGUUGCCUGUUUUUUGUUGUGUGAACUCCAUGGGCAACUGAGGUUCUGGAUUUGUCAGGAAACAGUUCUGAGUAUUUUUGUGACUACUGUAGCUUUGAAUGAGCACUUGAGUUUUAUCAGCAUGAGCAUAUUAAUAAGACUCUUGACUUGUGGCUGUAAAUGUGUGUGUGGGGAAGCUGAGAUCCUCCUGGAAAGCAAUUACUUUAUGAGAAGCCUGGAGUGAUGAAUUCCUGUUGGUAAGAAAGGACCUGGACUGGUCUGCCAGUGCCCAGCCCACAAAAACCAAGUGGGGUUUAAACAAAAGGAGUGGUAAGUGGUGCUGGCUGGGCAGCUGUGGUGCUUUGGGUGAUAGCAGGCUGGGGACAGCUGUUGAGUACUUGCCUUUCACUAUGUUAAGCAUUGUUGCAACUGCCCAAAGUGUGUGUGGGGGGGAAUCAAUCAGAGCUGUAAGAGCUCAGUCAGCCAACUGGGAUUAAUUUGAGCCCUUCAGAAAGCAUCUGAACUCCAGUGAGAUGUGUAAUUGCCUUUUGGCUUUUCUGGGCUUGCUCCACCAAAGGUUAAUUUUGCAAUGCUAGCAGAGUAGGGCUCAUGGUGCCAGGCUGUCUUGGUUUGACUGGUGCCAGUAGGAUUUCUUCAAGGGUGGUGGGAAUGGGUUCUGGUGAGGAAGGCAACUUGCUCAUCAGACCCUCCUUUAGCAACCCUAUCUGUAGCAGGGGCUUAGAACUAGAUGAACUUCAAGGUCCAUUCCAACUUAUGCUAUUCUACGUUCUAUUGGUCCUGCUGUAAGGCUGAAGAUCCCUAUGGGGAGAAAAAUGUGUUGGUUGUUUGAGCCUUGAAUUAGUGGUGAAGUGCCUUUAGUCUCUUAAACAUUCUUUAGUGAAUUUCUGCUGAGUGGGAGCAAAUGUAUCCAGACAUUUAAGGUCACUUGUCCACUCUUGCAUGGUGUUAGGAGAGCUUGUAGGCAUCUAAGAAGUGUGUUUCCUUUUGGGAGGGACUUGUUACCUUUAUGGCCUAUAGGUAUGGUGGGAGAGCAUAAAGUGUUCUGGCUUUGGGAUAUUUUUAAGGAAUUAUUUCCUAUGGGAGUGGUGAGGCAUUGGGAGAGGUUGUCCAGAGAAGCUGUGGCAGCCACAUCCAUGGAGGUGCUCGAGGCCAGGCUGGAUGAGGCUUCGAGCAGCCUGGUGUAGUAGAAAGUGUCCCUGCUCAUACUGGGGAGGUUAAACUAGAUGAUGUUAAAGCUCCAUUUCAACCCCAACCACUUGGUGAUGCUAUGAACUGUGGCACAAUAGGAAAACUCUUCUCCUUGGGAUGCUGGGGAGGACACAUCCCUCAGUCCUUGGGACGUGGUCCCCAAGAUGCUUGUGGGUGCUUUGUGCAUGCUGUGUGUUACUCCCUGCUGCUUCCUUUCUUCCCUUCUCUGGUGCUUAAAGGCUGACAUUUCAGCAAGCCCAGAGCAUGGGCAAGAUGCCCAAAGUGACAGCUUUCAUGAUAGAAGGGAAAUGUCACUGGGGGAGUGUGCUGCCAAGCAGUACCCUGCUCCUCCUCGCCCCGCGUGCUUCUGCUUUCUGCCCUGGUUGCCUGCCUGCACGGCCUCAGCUGUGGCACUGAGGGACAUGGCCCAGUGGGGAUGGUGGGGAUGGGCUGAUGUUGGACU